AUGCAGCCAAAUCAAUCAGAAAAUUUUAGAACUGAACAAGAUAAUUGUAACAUCUUUCAAUUUACCUUAUGAUAGGCAAUCAUACUUUAUAAGGAUAAUCUGGCAGACCUUUAUUGGAUAGUGGAUCAAGAAAAAAGGAAUAAACCAUUGCCAAAAUUAAAAAAGCUCUAUAAACUAAUAAAGAAUCCUUACGAACCUUGAGAGCUACAGAUUUAGUUUCAGAUAAUGCACAUUUGUAUAUAACUGAAAUUCAAUAUACAUUAAUAGAAAUCAUACAGGUUAAUCUCAAAUUAAAAUGUCACAUUAUGGUCCUUAAUAUACAGGCAAACCUCCUAAAAAUAAGAAAAACAAAGAUGAGAGUCCUUUUAUUUUAGAUUCAUAAUCAGUUGAAGAUAUUGAAGGAUUUAGUAAUUAAGCUUGGAAGAAUUACCCUCUAGAGAUUUUGAUGAUAAUUUUAAGAUUUAUUAGUUUUAUCACAAAAUCUAACUUUGCUACAAGUUUCAGACUUAUUAAUAGAAAUGUUUUUGACAUCAUUGGAGACAAGUCAGCCUAUUUUAGAUAUUAUUUAUUUAAUGAUUAUUUCAAAUAUGAAGUAUUGAUGUAAAUUAAUUUAAGAAACCAAGUCCGUAUGAAAAAAUGAAAUACUAAUUAAAUCAAUAAGUAUUUGUCCCUCUUAGAAAACUAAAGGUUUAUAAUUAUUUAAAUAAAAAUAAAUUAAUAUUGCGCCCUGAGUCAAUUAUAGCCAUAGCUUGGAAUAUAUACAUAUUAACUAUAUUAAAUAUGAAUGUACUAUAUGUAAGUGCAAGAGUAGCAUUUAAAUUUGAUACAAGCAAUUCAUUAGAUGAUAGUUUUCAAUAAUUUAGAUGGGUUUUAUUUGAUGUACUCCCAUCAUAUUCAUUUAUAUUGGAAAUAUUAAUAAAAUUUAAUACAUGUUAUUAUCAUAAAGGAACUGUUAUAGAAAAUAGAUAUCUAAUAGCUAAGAACUAUUUAAGAACAUGUAUAAUUAUAAUAUUAUUUUAGCAUUUUUUUUUGAUGUUUUUGUGAUUAUCCCUUUUUUCUUAAGUCUUAGAUUUUAAUUGGAUUAUUUAGAUUUAGUCCUUAUUUUAAAAGUCUUUUAGAUUACUAAAUUUAGUGGAAAUUUAUUUGAUAGACUUGAACUUACAUCAAGUUAAAUAGCUAUAUUUGAUUUAGUUAAGUUAGGUUAUACAAUUUUGGCAGUUGCUCAUUUUUGUGCAUGUUUAUGGUUUUUAGUUGGUACUACUGGAAGUGAUGAAAAUACUUGGGUUAUAAAAAAUGAUUUAUAACAUGAACCUUGGCAUGCAUAAUAUUUAACAUCAUUUUAUUUUAGUAUAGUGACAAUGACUACUAUUGGAUAUGGUGAUAUAACUCCAUAAAAUUUAAGAGAAAGAAUAUUUACUAUUGGAAUGACUGUUGCUGCUGUUGGUAUUUUUGGAUAUUCAAUUGGUAAUAUAAAUAAUAUUUAUGCUGAUUGGAGUAGAAAGACAUAUGAAUUUAGAUAAAAUAUGAAUGAUUUAAAGAAAUAUAUGAGAUUAAAGGGACUAGAUAAACAUUUAGCUGAAAAGAUAAGAAAGUAUUUUGAAUAUGUUUGGUGUGAUGCAGAAGAAGAAAAUGAUAGAGAAGCCUUUAGAUUUGCAGAAUAAAUACCAGUAUAAUUAUUUGAGGAGAUGAAGAUUGAUAUCAAUAUGAAAAUUGUUAAAAAGAUUAAAUUUUUGACUGAAAAUUUUAGUGAUAAUUUUUUAAUCUAAUUGUCCAAGAAUUUAAUUGAAGAAAAAUUUGCACCUGAAUAAAUUAUAUUUAAAGUAUAUAUAUAAAUCUAUAUAUAUUUUAGUAAGAUGAAGUAAGUGAUUUUUUAUAUAUACUUCAAAAAGGAGAAGUGUAAUUUUAUGUUACUUUAAAAAAUAAAUAAGAAUAAUAAAAAGUACUAGAAUCUUAUUCUGGAGAUUCUUAACCUUUUGGAGUUUUGGAGUUCUUUUAAAAAUAAAAUUAUUAAGUAUCUUGUAAAUCUACUUAAUUCACUUAUUUACUUAAAAUUCAUAGAAAUUAAUUUAUUGAAUUAUUACAAUAGAAUUCUAAAGAUUAUGUAUUAAUGUUUAUUAUACAAGUCUACAUUUUGUUAAAUGAGGGAUUAAGUUGCUUUUUCAAAUGCAUAAGCUAUUGUUGAUGUAUCAUGUCGUGCAUGCAAUAAAACAUCACAUGUAAUUAAAGAAUGUCCAUUGGUUUGUGGAUAUCCAAAUAGAUCAAAGGUGCUUUUGAAUUAUAGAAGAAAUGUUCCAUCAGAUAGAGUUCGAUAUAGACGUACUUUGAAUAGAAGAAUUGAUACUUUAUUAGAAUCUCAUGAUGUUAAAAACAGUAUUUUAUUGUUUAUAUGCAAAAAUAAAUUGAUUGAAGAACUAUAAUAUAAGACUGGUAUCAAUAUUAAAUUAUAAUUUGAAGAAGAAGAAGAAUAGAAUGAUUCAGAGGAAGAAAGUUGCAGUACUUUUAAAGUGGGCUAUAAAUAGACUAUCACACAAUAAAUUGAAUCAAAAAGACCAUUAUCCUUUUAGGGAUGUAAUGAUGCUUUACAAGAUGAAGAAUUAGUAAAUAUAACUAAUAUUAUUUAUAGUAAGAUAAAAUUAAGGAAAUUGUUAAAUAUUUCAAAAAAAAAUAACUUAGUUCUUCAUCCUAAGAAAUUAAAUAAGGAAUUAAAUUAGAAGGUGAUAAGACUAUGAAUUUUAAUUCAUUAAUGAAAGGUUCUGAAACUUCCAAUUUGUUAUUCCCAAAAUAAUAAUCAAGUUGUUCAGAUUAAAUCUAAUAGGAUUCAAAUAGAAGAGGAUCAAAAACAACUUAACCUAAAGCUAAAAAUUUAUUUGAUAUUGUUAUUCAAGGUUCAUUUAUAUCUCCUCAAAAUAAAAUAAUACCUUAUGAAUAAUAAGGAUAUGAAGAUGAUUUUGGAAAAAAAAGGGGAUAGUAUAUAGAGUUAUUCGAAGAUUUUGAAAGAUUUAAGAAUUUUGAUAAUUAUCUUUAACAUAACAAUCUGGCAUAAAUUAUAAGAAAAAGAGAGAGAAAAAUUAAAUUUAUAUGA